AUUAGAACAACCAAAUUCACGUUGGGGUCCUGAGAACAUGAGCGGUUUUGUAGUCAGUCGCUGAUUCAGACAGAGAGCUGAGCCCGACGAACAGUGCAGUAUAACCGGCGGAAAGAUUAUUUAAGUAACAGAUGAAAUGGCGUCCAUGUUGAUGAACCCUUUAAGGAGCUGUCCUCCAGUAAACGCAGCAUGGGCUGUACAGUACGCGACCCGCUCCCUAAGUACCUCAGUCCACCUCCAUGCCCAGGUCCAGACCAAGUCUAAGAAGACGUUGGCCAAACCAGGAGUGAAGAACAUAGUUCUAGUGGACGGAGUCAGAACGCCCUUCCUUACCUCUGGAACCACAUAUGCUGACCUAAUGCCCCAUGAUCUGGCCAGAGCUGCACUACAGGGUCUGCUUCAUAGAACCAGCCUUCCUAAAGAUGCCGUCGAUUACGUAAUCUAUGGAACUGUCAUUCAGGAGGUCAAGACGAGCAACGUAGCCAGAGAGGCGUCCCUGGGAGCAGGCUUUUCUGACAAGAUCCCGUGUCACACAGUCACCAUGGCCUGUAUCUCCUCCAACGUGGCGAUGACUACAGGAGCAGGAAUGAUUGCAGCCGGCCAGUGUGAUGCCAUCGUAGCGGGAGGGGUUGAGUUCAUGUCAGACGUUCCUAUUCGCCACAGCCGGAAGAUGAGGAAGACCAUGCUGGCUCUGAACCGAGCGAAGACCCUCGGACAACGCCUCAGUCUCAUAGGAUCCAUCAGAAUGGCACACCUCACACCUGAGCUGCCCGCGGUGGCUGAGUUCUCCACGGCAGAGACGAUGGGUCACAGUGCCGACCGUUUGGCGGCGGCGUUCGGUGUGAGUCGCCUGGAGCAGGAUGAGUUCGCUCUGCGGUCACACACCCUGGCCAAGCAGGCCCAGGACUCGGGGCUCCUCAGUGACGUCAUCAGCUUCAAGGUGCCAGGUCGUGACAUGGUCUCCAAGGACAACGGGAUUCGUCCGUCCUCCAUGGAGCAGUUGGCCAAAUUGAAACCUGCCUUCAUCAAACCUCACGGCACCGUGACUGCUGCCAAUUCCUCUUUCCUGACGGAUGGUGCGUCAGCAGUCCUCAUCAUGUCAGAAGAGAAAGCUCUGGCCAUGGGAUACAAGCCAAAAGCUUACCUCAGAGACUUUGUGUAUGUGUCUCAGGACCCCAAAGAUCAGCUGUUGCUGGGGCCCACCUACGGUACUCCUAAGGUCCUGGAACGCGCAGGGUUAACAAUGAACGAUAUCGACGUCUUCGAGUUCCAUGAAGCCUUUGCGGGUCAGAUUAUGGCUAACCUGAAGGCUAUGGAUUCAGACUGGUUUGCUCAGACCUACAUGGGGAGGAAGACUAAGGUGGGGACACCUCCCAUGGAGAAGUUCAACCUCUGGGGGGGCAGUCUGUCCCUGGGUCAUCCGUUUGGAGCCACCGGCUGUCGCCUCGUAACAACGGUAGCACACCGUCUGCAGAAGGAGGGGGGGCAGUACGGACUGGUGGCUGCCUGCGCCGCUGGGGGGCAGGGCCAUGCCAUGGUGAUCGAGGCAUACCCUCAGUAGAGCUAAGGAUUCUGGGAGGACUGCGAUGAUGAUGCAGUCUGUGUUCCACACAGAGGAGUCACGUGUGCGCACACAUUCACACACACACACUAGAACUGAUGACAUACUAACACCACUUUGCCUUGUUGGGUUAGGUUGUGGGUUGUAGGCCUGGGUGUGUGCGUGAGUGUGUUCUAUUUGAGGAAGACUGGGUGUGUAAAUUAUAGGAGAGUUUGUCUUGGAGUCAAAGAUUGCCUUGAUGUUAGGGUGCAAUGUUGCAGUAACAUAUUCACGCAGCCAGUAAUGUAACACAAUUAAGUGUCUCAAUUGGCUAAUCUAGCCUCCCUUUUCCUCAUUUCUGGAUAUAUGACCAGAAACAUCGUAUGGGUGAAAAUGAUGCCUCAAGCUGUUAUCAGUGGAAAUAUUCAAAGCCAGUUUAGAUUGUUGAGAUGUGCCCUGAUAUGAUCAUUCAGGUGAAUAUGAUGCUGAUAUGUUUAUACUGUCUGUUUUCUUACAAAUGUAUUAAAUUUUCAGUUUAAAAGCUGAUGACUGUGA